UGGCCAACUUGCAGGCAAGUGUGAUGCCAAGUGUUUGAUACACACUUUCAAACUACUACACACAUAUGGUUGCUUGAAAUUGCAGAGACCAGUACAUCAAAUGAGGACAUCCAAUACUCCAAACUCUGAUAGAAAAGCUAACUUUGACUCUCAAACCUGUGCUCAACAGAUGCUGGUGGAGAUGUAACAUGACUAUUGUCUUACAACAAGGCUUCAAUCUUUUCACACAUUAUAGUGAAACAUCAUAUCCAAGCCACUCUGUUUUACACAAAAUUGGGUCAAGAGCCAAACUAUCCUGAACUAAAAGACUUGACACCAUGACCUCACACACCGGUAAUAUACAGCAUGGCCUCGUCCCUCAUCUCCUUCCCCUCAUCCUUCUGUUGCUCCUCCAGGCCUGGGGAGGGUGCUGUCACCCCCAGUGUUUGGACUACAAGCCUCCAUUUGAGCCCAGGCAGCCACUGCUCUUCUGUAAGGAGUAUACUAAGUUUGGAUGCUGUGAUCUGGAAAAAGAUAAGGAGAUAUCAGUCAGGUUUUACUCCAUCAUGGACAAUUUUGACCACUCAGGUUAUGUGACAUGUGCCAAGUACAUACGCAGCAUCCUCUGCCAGGAGUGUUCUCCAUACUCCGCCCACCUGUAUGAUGCUGAAGAUGCAAACACGCCAAUGAGGAUGCUGCCUGGACUGUGCGGUGAUUAUUGCUCUGAAUACUGGCAUCAGUGCCGCUACACGCUCAGCCUCCUCUUGGAGGACUUGGGAAGCCCGCAGCAGUUUGCAAACCUGACUGCAACAUUAGAAGAAGAUCGCAGAAGGUUCUGCGACUUUCUGGAGCUGAAGGACAAACAGUACUGCUAUCCUAAUGUAUUGACAAAUACAGAACUGAAUGCUAACCUGGGUUUGGUACGUGAGGAUCCCAAAGGAUGUCUGGAGCUGUGCUUACAGGAGGUUGCGAACGGGCUUCGCAACCCAGUGGCCAUGAUCCACGCAGAUGAUGGAACUCAUCGAUUCUUUGUGGCGGAGCAGCUGGGUUUUGUGUGGGUGUAUCUGGCCAAUGGCUCCAGGAUCGACCGUCCUUUCCUCAACCUCACACGUGCUGUCCUCACAUCGCGGUGGGCUGGAGAUGAGAGAGGAUUCCUCUGUAUAGCCUUACAUCCAAGGAUCACCACAGUCAGGAAAGCCUAUGUGUACUACUCUGUGUCUGUCAAGAAGGAGGAGAGGAUCCGUAUCAGCGAGUUCACACUGCUACCACAUGAUGACAACCAGCUAGACCACUCCUCUGAGAGAACCAUUCUUGAGGUGGUGGAGCCGGCAUCGAAUCACAAUGGAGGGCAGCUUCUAUUUGGCCAUGACGGAUACCUGUACAUCUUCAUCGGUGAUGGUGGCCGAGGUGGCGACCCAUUUGGAAAGUUUGGCAAUGCACAGAACAAGUCAACACUCCUCGGCAAGGUGCUGCGCGUUGACAUCGAGAACAACGAUGAUGGUGCCCCAUACAGCAUCCCCUCGGACAACCCAUUCUUGGGGGAAAGGCAAACACGACCCGAAAUUUAUGCCUAUGGAGUUCGAAACAUGUGGCGUUGCUCCAUUGACCGCGGUGACCCGUUUACAGGUCGAGGUGCAGGCAGGAUAUUUUGUGGAGAUGUAGGACAGAACAAAUACGAAGAGGUGGACAUUAUUGUUAAAGGAGGAAACUAUGGAUGGAGAGCCAAAGAAGGCUUCAGCUGCUACGAUCGCAAACUCUGUCAAAACUCCUCUCUAGAUGACAUCUUGCCUAUCUUUGCAUACCCUCACAAGUUGGGCAAAUCAGUAACCGGAGGAUACAUCUACAGAGGCUGCCAAAUGCCCAACCUUAAUGGGCUCUACAUCUUUGGGGAUUUCAUGAGUGGGCGUCUGAUGUCCCUGAAGGAGAACGUCACUUCAGGUGAAUGGCACUACAAUGAGAUCUGCAUGGGCAGAGACCAGACCUGCAAGUUCCCCAAACUCAUCAACAGUUACUAUAAACACAUCAUCUCUUUCGCUGAAGAUGAAGCAGGUGAACUGUAUUUCUUAGCCACUGGAGCCCCAAGUGCCAUGGCCAGAGCAGGACUCAUCUAUAAGAUAGUGGACCCUUCCAGGCGAGCGGCGCCGGGAAAAUGCAGCGUUAAGCCUUUACCUGUCAAGAUAAAGGGAAAACUGAUUCACUUCUACCCCAAAGAAGAGUUUGUAAUCAACAAGAAACCAACCACCACGCCUGUUCCUACGACAACUACAAGAAGAACUACAACAACAACAAAAACACCAACAGGAAGAAAACCACCCAUAAUAAUAAUAAAACCACCAAUGCCAACAAGAAAAACAAUAAGAAAACCUCCUCAACCACCGCCAACAACAGCAGCAACAACAACAGCAGCAAGGCCAACAGCAUUACAGACCACAAGAAAAUCAACAAGAAAAAUACCGACACCGACACCAACUGCGAAAGCAACAACAAUAAAACCCACCACAGCAACAACAAUAAAACCAACAACCAUCCAGAUGACCAUGGCAACAACCCCCGCCCCAACCACACCUACUGGUUAUCGCACAACCAUCAUGACUGCAGCCCUCUCUAGGAUUGCUCAAACCCCAAUCAUCACCACACCUCCAUCCAAGAGACAUGGGAGACCUCUUCAGAAUACCCCUCUUACCACCUCCCGACCUUUAACCUCACCACAACCUCCUUCUUCUCCAUCCUCUGCACGAUACCACCAGCAUCUUGGAGUGUUGACAACACCACGGUUGUCAUUUUGGAGCCAGAAACCCACAACAUCAAGCUACAAGCCCCAGAGACCAUCAAUCAAUUCAACAUUGCCUAAAUCACAGGAAGAGAGGCUGUGGCUUGGAGAGAAGUUGGAACGAGCUGGGGAGGGUAACCAAGUAUUUAAGAGGCCAAGAGGAAGAGGUUACAAGAGAGGAAGAGGAAGAAGGUUGAGAGUAGGGUCAGUACGACUGGUGAGCGCUGAUGGUUUAUCAGAUCGAGGUAGGGUGGAGAUAUUUAUCCGUGGUGAGUGGGGGACAGUGUGCGAUGACCUUUUCACCAGCAAAGCAGGCACUGUGGUGUGUCGACAGCUCGGCUUCACGACAGUGUUGGCAGUGAUGAAGAGGGCGGCGCUGGGAGAGGCAGCCCACAAUGUAAGGAUCUUUUUGGAUGAUGUAGAGUGUGAGGGCGGGGAGGGAUCACUGCUGGAGUGCAAGAGAUCAAGGGUUGGGAAACACAACUGCUCACAUGGGGAAGAUGUAGGGGUAAUCUGCGGUUAGCACAGAAGAGUGGAAAUAAAAGAAUAGGAAAGAAAGGUGGAGAUAGUGGAGUGAUAUAUGGAUGUAUGGUUUGUACAGGGUGAGACAGAAGAAAAUAAGAUAGGAUUUGAAAAAGUUUUUAUAGGUUAUUACGGACUGCUCAUUUGAACCCGUUAGCCAAAAUAAAUGUUGGCACUGUACGCUUCUGCAAACCGUGGAUAUGUUUCAUUUGUAUGUUGUUAUGCAGCAGAUAUGUUGAAACUUUAGGUUUUUCAACUCUGUUGUUAACAUGUGGUUAUGCUCAGGCACAAAAAAAGGUCAUGUUUUGGCUGAAAAUACACGCUUUCGGUGGGACAAUCGCAGCUGGAAAUGCUGCAUUGUCUUGCUAAAAAGUGGUCUGCAGCUUGGCAGUUGCUCGCCGAGGUGUCACACCAUCUACCAUCCCCACCACCUCCAGACAAAGCCAGCUCAUGUCUAUCUAACUACAUUUAUCUAUCACUCUGGAAUAUUGAUAUAUGUAUGACACAUACAAACGUAAAUUAUCCAUGAUUUGUAGAAAUGUCAAUGCCAAGAUUUUCUUCUGGGGACUGGGCUGCUUAUUCAUAACCAUUAAUGGUGGUGAUGUCACUUUUUUAAUGUUUUCCAGUUUUGCAUAUUGAUGUUCAAAGUGGACUGAGUGAGUCUUGGAUAAACUUUAAUCAUAUUCUGGUCGUGUGCUCUGUUUACGUACUCUCUAGACAUUCAUGAGUCAGUCAGACAAUAUAUCUUAUUCCAAGAGGAUAUUUGUAUUUUUGUACCAUGUAACUUCAGCAGGUCUAUUUUUAAAGUAGCUUUUUAUAAUUUGUAUUUUGAUACCAUUUUGAAUGUAGUUUUAAAAUGAAAAGAUUUUUUAACAAGGAAAUGCUGGGCAUUCUGUUUGAUGAAUGUAAUAAAACAAUUUCCACUUCUACAUAGGAAGGU